CUUUAUUCCGUCGUCAGAAGACUGACUGAGUCUGUGGUCCCCGAGAAUCCACUUCGCCGAUUCCUUCCAGUUGCUCGGCCAUCUUCUACGAAUCUUAGACUGUGGUCAAUGACUUUAAACAUUUCAGACUUGUCCAUCCGACCCUUCUUUUAUUUGAAGUGAUCCUUGUAGAAGCAGUGUCUUUGUGUUCACCGCCAACCACUGGACAGGAAAGCUGUGCUCCCACUUCGUACAUAUCAACACGGCUCCGUUCUCAACUUUGCCACAGUCGGCUCCUGACUUGCUAUCCGCAAUUCCUGUCUCACUCAGCCCAGUUAUGACAGACAUGUCCAAGCCUCAACGACGAGAUCUCCCCGUCGCUGAAGCUCGUGUCGAGCUGCAGCGCCACUUCGACAAAUUCAAAGGCAAUGAGUACGGCACAGGAUGGGCCAAGCUAUGGGAGCAGGGUGAUUUUCUCCCGUGGGACCGCAUGGCUCCGUCCCCUGCCCUUGCAGAGACUCUGAUUGACCACGCAAUCGUGGUGGGCCGUGCCGUUGUCGACGAAGAUGGGCAGCAGCGUCGGAAGAAGGCUCUGGUACCCGGAUGUGGGCGAGGCGUCGAUGUCCUGCUCCUCGAGAGUUUUGGCUACGAUGCCGUCGGGCUCGAGUAUGCAGCGGAUGCUGUCAAAGCCGCCGAAGAAUAUGCACAGGACCAUGCUGAGGACCACCCCGUCCGCGACGCCCAGAUCGGCAAAGGCAGCCACAAAUUUGUUCAUGGCGAUUUCUACAAGGAUGACUGGCUGGAAGAAGCAGGGGUGGGCCAUGAUGGCAAGUUUGAUCUGAUCUAUGACUAUACUUUCUUCUGUGCCAUGCAGCCCUCAAUGCGCCCCGCGUGGGCAAAACGCAUGUCUGAACUUCUCCGUCCAUCUCCGCUGGCCAAUCUGAUCUGCUUGGAGUUUCCCACAACCAAAUCGGCAGAGACUGGUGGUCCACCGUGGGCAUCUCCUUCGAUUGCCUACCGAGAGCAUCUCAGUCAUCCUGGCAAGGAGAUCAAGUAUGACGCCGAGGGCAAUAUCAAAAUAAACCCUCUAGCCCCCGAUAGUCCUGGCGCUUUGGAGAGAGUGGCUCACUUUCAUCCAAAUGACACACAUAAGGUCGGCAAGGAUGAAAACGGCAAUGUUAUGGACAACAUUGCCAUUUGGAGACACCACUAGCAUCUUCAAUUGUUGAUUCCAGUCCGGGCUGGCCAACUGUUUGUUGAUAGCCUUGAGGUUGGCUUCACGGCUGUAUCUUCUUUGUCAAGGCAUUAUAGUGCUCACCCAAACCAAAACUAUGUCGAUAGUAAGCCAGCCAUAUUGUUUCACCA